AUGCGUAGUGAAUCAUCACAAGCAUUCUGUCCGAAAUCUGUAACUCGUACAGUUAAAACUAGUAAACGCAUGAAAGAUUAUCUGAAGAGAAAUGGAAUGUCAAGCAGUUUGAUUUUUGUGUUGCCAAUCUUAUUGGUUAUUGCCUUUCUUCUUUCUGGUAAUAUCCAUAAAUCACUUGUGCGACUUUGGGAAACCGAUCUUUAUUCGCACACUAAUCACAGUCCUUAUCUUUGCCCGAUACGAGGAGAUAAAUGGAUCGUCAUCACCACUAUUCAUUAUCCAACACCUGCCAUUCACAAAUUUCUCAACUUAACCACACCUUGGAAUCUCAUCGUUAUUGCUGAUCGAAAAACACCUUCCGACUGGCUCGAUCAUCUCACUUCACAUAACUCGUCUGCUUCUUCUUCUUCUUCUUCGUCUCGCCUUCUCUUUCUCUCUCUUCAGCAACAACAGUCCCUUCGUUUUCGUAUCCUCCAACAUCUACCUCACGGAUCUUAUGCAAGAAAAAAUCUUGGCUAUCUCAUCGCAAUACAAUGUGGUGCACAGAUCAUUUUCGAGUCAGACGAUGAUAAUCUCGUCGAAACAGGUGACAUUUUCCAUCUUCCAAAACUUCUCCGACCACAACAAUUGCCCUGGCUCGCAUUUCAUCGACAACGAUCACUCUUCGUCAACAUCUAUGCAUCAUUCGGUCAUCCACACAUUUGGCCACGAGGAUUUCCACUCGAACAACUCAGAAAUAUUACCGAAGAUGGAUGGCAUUCACUUCGACAAAACCAACAAAACAUCACACGCGCUUAUAUUCAACAGUAUCUUGCUGAUCUCGAUCCUGAUGUGGAUGCCAUCUAUCGUUUAGCUCAUCCAAUGACUAUCGGUCGUGUUCUGUUCGAUCGUGAUCAGCCUCCCAUUGCUCUCGAACCGUUCACAUUCUCUCCCUACAACACACAAAACACCGUCACACACUACGAAGCAUUCUGGGGCUUGUAUCUUCCUGUGACAACAACAUUUCGUGUUUGUGAUAUUUGGCGAGGCUACUGGGUUCAGCGUCUUCUGUGGGACAUCGGUGGUCAUCUCAUCUUCGGUCGAUCAACUGUUGAACAAGUGAGAAACAGUCAUUCAUACAUCGAAGAUAUGGAUGAUGAGUAUCAAUUGUAUCAUCAAUCUGCUUCGUUUGUUCGUUUUCUUGCAUCAUGGUCAUCGCCAAAUCCUUCGUUAGUGGGACGAAUUCGCGAAUUAGCACGUGACAUAAGUCGAGGCGGAUUUUGGAAAUGGAAAGAAGUCGAGAUCAUGGAUGCAUGGCUGGAGGAUCUUCGUUCAAUUGGUUAUAAAUUUCCACCGAUUAUCAAACCACCACAAAAAUUACCAUCUACUGCUGUGAAACAGAAACGAGCAGCAAUUUGUGUAACCGGUAUUGCUGAAUGUAUUCUUGAAGCAUGGGUUCCAACUUAUAACGUUCUUCGUCGUCGUUUGCCAGGUGAAAUAGACACGUUCUUAUUUCUUUCAUCAUCCAGCUCAACACAAUCUGUGCUCUCCAAAAUUCAACUUGAACAAGCUCGCUCUUAUUUGAAUACGACAGCAACGAUACUCUAUGAAGACCGUAUUAUUGAUCCACGCAUACCGUCGAAUUGUAAAACAUACUAUCAUCCUUGGAUGAACCAAUCACACGUCAUACCAUACUACCAACAAUUAUGGGCACUUGCUGAAUGUUAUGAUUUCAUCAGAGAAUAUGAACAAAAGAUGAACAUUCGUUACGAUCUUCUUAUACGAGCACGAUCUGAUUCAACUCUAGCUAACGUUUCAACGCAGUUAUCAAAUCUCAACAAUUUCACUAUUUUCAUUCCGGAUGAAAAUCAUUUCGGUGGUAUUAACGAUCGUUUUGCUAUAGGACCUAUGUCAGCUAUGGAAAAAUACAUGAAACGAUGGCAUCAAUUGAAAACGUGCGCAAUACAGAAUCUACACGCUGAAACAUUCUUAAAGAUGUUAUUAAUUCGCUUGGGUGUCCACGUUCAACAAGAUCGUACUUUAUCCUACCAAGAAGUUCGACAUGGACGUGAUCAAUGUCAUUGA